AUGGUGGAAAAAGUUCACAUUUCCCCAGAUGGGGAAUUUAUUGAUUCGAAUAAGAAUCAAAUUCAACUAAGAGGUGUUAAUUUAGAUCCUACGAUAAAGUUUCCAAGCAGCCCUGAGUAUACAAGUCAUGAUCCUGUGAAUAAGGAAUUCUUCAAUCCUAAAGCAAAGGUUAACUAUAUCAAUCAUCCAUUUACCGUUGAUGAUGUAGAGGAGCACAUUCAAAGAUUGAAGUCUCUUGGCUAUAAUACUAUCAGAUAUCCUUUCACAUGGGAAUCAUUGGAGCAUGACGGACCAGGAAUAUAUGACUUUGAAUUCAUGGAUUUUACGAUUUCAGUUCUUAAAAAAAUCCGUCAAAUAGGAGGGAUUCGUAUCUAUCUGGAUCCUCAUCAGGAUGUGUGGUCGCGCUUCACUGGUGGCUCCGGGGCGCCGCUCUGGACUCUCUACAGUGCAGGGUUUAAUCCAGAAGGCUUUCAAGCCACAGAGGCGGCAAUUUUGCAGAACUACUAUAUUGAUAGUAGUACAGGGGAAGAAAAGCCGCAAUACCCCAAAAUGCUGUGGCCUACAAACUAUUUUCGCUUGGCUGCACAAACUAUGUUCACUUUAUUUUUUGGUGGAAGAGAAUUUGCGCCCAAAUGUAUUAUAAAUGGCAAAAAUAUCCAGGACUAUCUUCAACAGAGCUUCUGUGACGCAGUCAUGAUCUUUUAUGCGAGAAUAUUGAAAAAUGCGCCCGAGCUCUUCGAGGAAAACUACAUAAUUGGGUUGGAAACUAUGAACGAACCCAAUAACGGAUAUUUUAUUGAUCCUGACUUGUCACAGAUUCCCAAAGAUCGUAAACUGAAACGUGGUACUACUCCAACUGCCUUCCAGUGUUUUAAAUUGGGAGAAGGCAUAGCCACCGUUGUGGACACUUAUGAUAUUUCAGUUUUUGGGCCACGAAAAACUGGCGUACAAACUGUUGAUCCAAAGGGCAAGUCAGCAUGGCUUUCUCAGUUAGAGCGCAAUAAGAUUGACGAGCAAUUCAAAUGGAAGAGAGGCGAAGAAUGGGAAGCAGGGAAGUGCAUCUGGCGCCAACAUGGAGUAUGGGAAAUAACAGACACUCAAGGACCAAAAAUUGUGAAGCCACAAUAUUUUUAUAGAGUUCCUGGUCAAAAGGACAUUAUUGACAUGCGUUACUUUGUUAAUCAUUACUUUCUUGAGCAUUAUUUGAGCUAUCGAGAAGAGUUUCGGAAAUUGGAUCAAUCGUCUUUCUUGUUUCUGCAGCCACCAACUUUGCAGGAGCCUCCAAAUUUAGCUGGUACCAACUACAUCGAUAAAAAAACUGUGUAUGCCUGUCACUUUUACGAUGGCAUGUCACUUAUGUUCAAAACCUGGAAUAGAACUUAUAACGUUGAUACAUUUGGAAUAAUGCGCGGAAGAUACAAGAAUCCAAUUUUCAGUAUUGUCUUGGGAGAAGCCAACAUUAGGAAAUCUAUUCGAAAUCAGCUACUGGAAAUGAAACAAGAAGGUAAAAGGUUACUGGGAAGCAGUGUGCCUGUGUUUUUCACAGAGAUAGGAAUGCCGUUCGACAUGGACGAUAAGAAAGCGUAUAAAGAUGGUAAUUUUGCCUCGCAGACUAGCGCAAUGGAUGCGUUAGGAUUUGCUCUGGAGGGCAGUAAUUUAUCAUUUAGCUUAUGGUGUUAUUGUAGUCAUAAUGAUCAUAAAUGGGGUGAUUAUUGGAACAAUGAAGAUUUCUCUAUAUGGAGCAAAGAUGACUUGAACAGCUUACCAGUCUUGGUACAUUUAAAACCAAAUGAUGGAAAAGAAUUCAAGACAAGAUCAGCACCCAUUAUUUCUAGUAAUGAGAGCACGACCAACAAUAAGAGCGCGGUGAAGACUCUAGACUACAGUGGAAUUAGGGCACUAAAGGGUAUCCUGAGACCAUACCCGGUUAAGAUACAUGGCGUAUUCGAAAGCGCGGACUUUGACCUUUCACAAAGGAGCUAUAAUUUGAAAAUUAAGGGAAGGCCGAAUAAUGAUGAAAGUCAUGCAUCGCUUCUGUUCUUACCGAAGUAUCAUUUUCCACUUGGAGACGUCCACAUCAAAGCUUCGUCCGGUCAAUUCCAGUAUGACCCGCAACAACAAGUGUUGAAAUGGUUUCAUGAACCCGGUCACCAGUACAUUACUAUAUCAAAUUUGGGGUCCGAGCAGCUUUUGGGAAACGGUGAGGAACCAGAGGGGUGUGCAUUGAUGUAA